AUAAAAUAAAUGACGGGAGGAAUUGUACUGUAGUGUCGUAACCUUCCCAACACUGCAUUCAAUACCUACCUAUAUAAGCUAUCCUUGCUUCUCACUCAACUUUGACUUUGCCUUCCCUUCUUCCCCUCCCUCAAACCAUCAUCUCAUCACUACUCGACACAUUCAUUCAUCUCCAUCAUGGCGCCGCCGGUCGUCGCUCAGACCGAUGUCUCCAUCGAGAGCAUCUCAGCCUACGGCAAAGCUCGCUCCACCGUCAAAGACGACAAAACUCUCAGCGAUGAAGAGCUCAAGGACAUUGACGACUACAUGAGAGCGAGUCUCUAUCUCUGCCUGGGCAUGCUCUACCUCAAAAAAAACCCCCUUCUCAAGGACCCUCUCAAAGUCGAACACCUCAAAGCCAGACUGCUCGGCCAUUGGGGCUCGGAUGCCGGCCAAGUCUUCACCUACGUCCACAUGAACCGUCUCAUCAAAAAGUACGAUCUCGAUGUUCUUUUCAUCUCCGGCCCAGGUCAUGGCGCUCCAGCCGUCAUUUCCCAAUCUUAUCUCGAGGGCGUUUACAGCGAAGUCUACCCCGACAAGUCGCAAGACGUCGAGGGUCUCCGAAAAUUCUUCAAGCAAUUCUCAUUCCCCGGUGGCAUCGGCAGUCACGCCACUCCCGAAACCCCUGGCAGUCUUCACGAAGGCGGUGAGCUCGGUUACUCCAUCAGUCACGCUUUCGGAACCGUGUUCGACCAUCCGGAUCUGAUUGCCCUGACCAUGGUCGGUGAUGGUGAAUCCGAGACUGGACCUCUGGCCACCAGCUGGCACAGCACCAAAUUCCUCAACCCCAUCACAGACGGAGCAGUCCUUCCCGUCCUACAUCUCAACGGCUACAAGAUCAACAACCCCACUGUUCUUGCCCGUAUCAGUCACAAAGAACUCGAAUCACUGUUCUACGGCUAUGGCUGGACACCAUACUUCGUCGAGGGAAGUGACCCCAUGACUAUGCACCAGGCCAUGGCUGCCACCUUAGAAAAGUGUGUCAAGGAAAUCCGAGGCUACCAGAAGAAAGCACGUGAAUCCGGCAAAGCUUUCCGUCCUUUCUGGCCUAUGAUCGUCCUCCGAAGUCCCAAGGGCUGGACCGGUCCUCGCACGGUUGACGGUCACUAUCUUGAAGGAUACUGGAGAGCCCAUCAGAUUCCGCUUCCCGAGGUCGCUUCAAAGCCAGAACACCUCAAGCUCCUAGAGGAUUGGAUGAAGAGCUAUACGCCAGAUAAGUAUUUCGACAAGGAAGGCAAGUUGAUCCCAGAACUGGCAAAGGUCGCACCAGAAGGCAACAGACGGAUGAGCGCAAACCCUGUCGCCAACGGUGGCGCAAUCAAGAAACCUUUGAGGUUGCCUGAUUUCAGGGAUUACAGCAUUGAAGUCAAGCCCGGAAAGACCGACGCCCCCAGCAUGUCCAACAUGGCUCUUUUCCUCCGAGAUAUCAUCCAGACAAACCCAACCAACUUCCGUCUCUUUGGCCCCGAUGAGACCGAGUCGAACAAACUCGGCGGUGUCUACAAGGCUGGCAAGAAAGUCUGGCUGGGCGAAUAUUUCGAAGAGGAUGAAGACGGUGGCAAUCUUGCACUUGCAGGUCGUACCAUGGAGAUUCUUAGCGAACAUACUGUCGAAGGUUGGCUCGAAGGUUACGUCUUGUCUGGACGGCACGGCUUGCUCAACAGCUACGAACCUUUCAUUCACAUCAUCGACUCCAUGGUGAACCAGCAUUGCAAAUGGAUCGAGAAAUGCUUGGAGGUCGAAUGGCGCGCCAAGGUCGCAUCUCUCAACAUCCUGCUCACAGCAACAGUCUGGCGACAAGACCACAACGGUUUCACUCACCAGGAUCCUGGUUUCCUCGACGUCGUAGCCAACAAGUCUCCCGAAGUCGUGCGCAUUUACCUGCCACCAGACGGCAACUGUCUGUUGUCCGUCAUGGAUCAUUGCUUCAGGAGCGCCAAUUACGUCAAUGUCAUUGUCGCUGACAAGCAGAAUCACUUGCAAUAUCUCGACAUGGAAGCCGCCAUUGAGCACUGUACAAAGGGCGUUGGUAUCUGGGACUGGGCCUCCAAUGACCAAGGAGAAGAGCCCGAUGUUGUCAUGGCUUCUUGCGGUGAUGUUCCAACUCACGAGUCUUUGGCCGCCACCGCCCUGCUCCGCGAAUAUGUCCCUGACCUCAAGAUCCGUUUCGUCAAUGUGGUGGAUCUCUUCAAGCUCAUUGCACACGGAUCCCAUCCUCACGGAAUGACGGAUACUGAAUUCACAGCAAUCUUUACCGACAACAAGCCCGUCAUUUUCAACUUCCACUCAUACCCAUGGUUGAUCCACCGCUUGACCUUCAACAGAAAGGGAUCCCACAACCUGGUAGUCCAUGGCUACAACGAGAAAGGAAACAUUGACACGCCCCUCGAACUGGCCAUCCGCAAUAAGACCGACCGGUUCAGCCUGGCGAUGGGGGCUUUGGACAAGAUUCCAGGUCUUGGCAACAAGGGCGCAAGUGCAAGAGAGAAGCUGCUUAACCAACAAAUCAAAUGCAAGAAUGAGGCGUUCCACGAAGGUAUUGAUCCUGAGUACAUCAGAAAAUGGGUCUGGCCUAAUUAGGUCAAUGAAAGGAAGGACGGCCACCAGGACGGGGCACAAUGCGUUGAAAAUUCAAGUUAGAAGGCACCACGAGGAUACUGGGCUCAGACCGAAGGUCUGCAAUGAAAGAUAGAGAAUUACUAUCAUGUUAAUGUUA